UUAAAGUAUAUUUCUCUUCAAUCAUCUCAAACCCAAAGAAAAUAUAUAAAACAUGAAGAUCUCUUUCUCUUCUGUUCUCUUUGUACUCAUGGUUGUUUUCAUCAUUUCUUCUUCAGGAAACAAGAAAAUGGUAGGAGAAGCAAACGACUGUUUCCAAACGUGGACGUGUGAAGGAGGAAGUAAAUGCAGAGAAAAGUGCACGGCUGAAUACAAAGGGAUUGGAAGGUGUGAUGAGAUCACUGCUCCUAUAGUUCCUCCCCAAUGUAAUUGCUAUUAUCCUUGCUAGUAUCUCUAUAUGUACAACAAAUAAUGCUUCUUCUACAUUAAUAAUUUGUAAACGUUUUAUCUGUUAAAAAUUAUGUGAUUCAAAGAAUAAAUUAUCUUAAAGGUGAA